AUGAGACCUAGCCAUAUUGAGGCUCGAUUAGAGCAGCAACUCUCUCUCAAGGAUCUAAUCUCAAACUCAGUCGAAAAUCUCGUCAAGAUAGGUCAAAGCAAUGUUAGACCCCAACGAGCACGCGCUCGGUUGUCCGCCCUCCAGGAGGCUUGGGAGAAAUUCUCUAUUAUACACGAGGCAAUAUUUUUAGCAAUGACAAAAAUCACUCCAGGAGAAAAGGUACUGUUACAACAACAUUCAUACUUUUUAGAGGAUUCGUAUUCAACUACGUACGAAUGUUAUCUAGAAGCAAUUGAACGAAUGUCGUCUUUUCUCGAACAUGAUACGGAAAGUAUUACUGACACGCCCUCGACUCAGUCAUCAUCACAAAUCCUUAAUGCUCCUGUUUACUUUCAUCACGCUCGCCUUCCGCGAAUUGAUAUCCCUAAAUUCAACGGAUCACCAUCGGAAUGGCUCUCAUUUAAGGAUUUAUUUAACUCUCUUAUCAUAGCCAACCCCACAUUGACUUCUGUAGAAAAACUGCAGUAUCUUAAAACCAGUCUUGUUGGAUCUGCUUCUCAUUUAUUAAAAAAUACUGCCCUUACAGCCGACAAUUUUCAAAAGGCUUGGGAUUCUUUGAUUUCCUUUUAUGAAAACAAAAGACUUCUGGUUCAUUCCGCCUUACAUUCUCUUAUGACUCUUAAACGCAUGACUAAAGAGUCUGCAGCUGAGAUGGAACAACUUUACACCAAUGUAACGCAAAUUUACCGCGCACUAGACACAUUAGGAAGGCCCGUCCAAACAUGGGAUGAUAUCUUUGUUUUCAUCGUUGUGCAACGUCUUGAUGCUGAGUCAGUUAAAACAUGGGAACAUCUUUUAGGCUCAUCAAAGGAACCUCCGACGUGGAACCAACUUCUUGAGUUUUUACUUUCCCGAUUACUUUCGCUACAAGCCUUUGAGAAAUCUCGUACAGGAAAAUCGUCAAAUGCAAUGAACUCUACAUCCAGCAAAUCUCACUUUCAACGCAAAGCAAAGGAAACUCAAGUAGACAAGAAUACUUCCUGUAUUCUGUGUUCGGCACAUCAUUAUAUUGCAAGUUGCCCUCAAUAUCACUCGAAAUCAUUACAACAGAGGCAGACUAUGGUUCAAAAGAAUAAACUCUGUUAUAACUGUCUCGGACAUCAUAAAGUAUCUACCUGCCGGACAACCAAACGCUGUCUAAAGUGUGGACAAAAGCACCAUACUACGCUUCAUCAGAAACCUCACUCUCCUGUAAAACCAUCUGCAGAACCGUCAACAUCGGAGAACUCCUCGGACGCCAAGGAAAAGGAAAGUCAUUCUCUUCAUACUUCCGUGAACCAGUUCUCGGUUAACUCUAGCGUGUUAUUAGCAACAGCUCAAGUAUUGGUUGUUACAAAGGAAGGAGACUCUGUACAAGCAAGAGCGUUGAUUGAUCAGGGCUCUGAGCUCACCCUGAUUUCAGAACACCUGGUGCAAGUGCUUCGUCUACCCAGAAAGAAUUCCUUCAUAUCUUUAAUCGGAGUCGGUGGAAAAGGAGCAAACCGAACUAAAGGUAUCACGUCCUUCAAGGUCAAAUCACGCUUUGAUUCUACUACUGAAAUUCAUAUGUCAGCACAUAUUUUAGCGAACUUGACUUCCUCCCUUCCGUCAGUUCAAGUUCCGGUUCAGAAUUGGCCGCACUUAAAGGGAUUGGACUUAGCUGAUCAUUGUUUUAUGACUCCUGGUCCAGUUGACAUAAUCAUCGGAGCCGAUUUCUAUUCUCAAAUCAUAGAAGAUGGACUCAUUAAAGGAGACGCAACCUCACCUAUCGCUCAACUCACCAAGUUCGGGUGGAUUUUAUCAGGUCCUGUGAGCUUUAAUAGCGAUACAACUUUCUCACAGGGCUAUCACCUAUCUGUCGAUAAAGAUCUGUAUGAUCUUCUACAACAAUUUUGGAAGGUGGAAGACAUAAUCCCUUCAAAUACCUCGCAGCUGUCAGUUGAUGAGCAACGAUGCGAGCAUCACUAUAAAGAAACUCACUCUCGAGAUGAAGAAGGUCGAUAUAUUGUUAGACUUCCUUUCAAACGUUCUCCUGAUGUAUUAGGAGGCUCUCGUUUAAAGGCUCUUCGCGUAAUGUAUAGUCUAUCCCAGAGAUUCGCGAAUGAUCCUUCUUAUGCAAAAGCUUAUUCCGAAUUUUUGAGUGAAUAUCAUAGACUUGAUCACAUGAUAUUAGUCCCUGAUCAUCAAUCAGAGCCGGAGUUAAGUUACUAUCUUCCUCAUCAUGGAGUUCUUCGAGAAACCAGUACGACCACAAAAUUGAGAGUUGUUUUUAAUGGAUCGAAUAAAACUACCUCCGGUCUCUCCCUUAAUGAUAUUCUAUAUACCGGAGAAAAGCUUCAGACUGAUGUCUUUGACGUUCUCCUUUGGUUCAGAAAGUUUUUAUACGUCUUUUCAACGGAUAUGGAGAAAAUGUAUCGACAAAUCAAACUCCAUAAAGAUGACUGGACCUUUCAACGGAUUUUAUGGCUCAAUCAGGACAAGGAUGUCGAAACCUAUCAAUUGACCACCGUAACUUACGGACUCGCUUGUGCACCCUUUUUAGCUUUACGCACUCUCGCACAACUAAUAGAAGAUGAAGGAGAUACCUUUCCUCACGCAAUUCCAUCUCUCAAAAAAGGAAGAUACGUCGAUGACAUCUUCGGAGGUGCGGACACGAUCCCUCGUGUCAAAGAAAUCGUACAGCAAGUCAACUCGUUGUGCAAGGCGGGCGGAUUUUCUCUCCAGAAAUGGACAAGUAAUGAGCCAUCGAUUCUCGAGAGCAUCCCCUCUGCUGGGCAAGCCAGUUUGCCCUUCCUCCAAUUCAAUCAAUCAACCGCCGUCCAAGUAUUGGGACUUCAAUGGAAUCCGAAAACCGACUCUUUCCAUUACUCAGUUGCCACCUCCAUUCCAACUAUCAUAUCUAAACGAGUCAUAUUAUCGACUAUAGCUAAAAUCUUUGAUCCACUCGGGUUGGUAGCCCCGGUCCUCAUUACCGCCAAAAUUUUCAUUCAAGAACUUUGGGCGAUCAAACUCGGUUGGGAUGAUGCCUUACCCAUUACUCUUUCACAACGAUGGAUAGCAUUUAUUGAGCAGCUUAAAGAUAUACCUAAAUUAAAGUUUCCCCGAUGGAUUGCUUAUACAUCGGAAUGUUCAAUAGAACUCCACGGUUUCUGCGACGCUUCUCAAAAAGCGAUCUGCGCUACUGUUUACCUUAGAUCAUCAAAUGUCAAAGGGGAAGUUGCCACCAGUUUAAUUUGUUCGAAAACAAAGGUCGCUCCUCUCAAGAAAAUGACUAUCCCACGGCUCGAAUUAUUAGGAGCAUGUUUGCUAACAAACCUAAUAUCCCGUGUUUUACAAGCUCUCGAGUUUAAAGAAGCUCCUAUCAUCCUUUGGACUGAUUCAUCGGUAGUCUAUACAUGGAUCAAUGGUCAUCCUUCUCGGUGGAAGGACUUUGUGAGAAAUCGAGUUUGUUCCAUUCACGAGACUUUACCUCAAGCUAUCUGGAGAUUUAUUCCCGGAAAGGACAAUCCAGCAGACUGUGCAACUCGAGGUCUGACCCCUACUCAGCUAAGCACGCAUUCAAUUUGGAAUUUUGGACCGAACUGGCUUAAGCAACCUCAUCAACGAUGGCCUCAAGAACCACAGUCCCAGGCUCGAGUCGAGGGUUUGGAGGAAAACCCGAAAGCGGUUCUCGGUGCAACUCAGUCCAACCAUGAACUAUGGGAUCUCUUGUUUGGGUAUUCAAGUCUCGCCCGUCUUCUACGGAUAACUGCUCUUUGCAUUGGAUUUACGUCUCGUCUCCGAAAGUCAUCUCAACCAUUCUUGCUGGAAUCUCUCACUCCUCAGGAACUCGAAACGGCAACAAUGUACUGGAUUGGGAGUGUUCAAGACUCAUUCUUUCAUCAAGAAAGGAGGAUUCUCCUUGGAGGCAACUCAUUGCCAACGUCAAGUGGUCUU